AUGGCAAAUGCACUGAAUCCUACCAAGAAUGGUGAACUAAUAACAUCGGAAGGUUCGGCCGAGCACUUUCCCGAUUCGCAGACAGUCUGGAACGCCCACAGCCCAGGGCCUCGAUAUGAGGGGCAAUAUCUACGAAAUAUGAUCAAGAGUUGGAGGAUUGAUGGAGACGAAUUCUACAACUGCUAUUGCGAAGCGGGAGCGGGAGACAGCACAUGUUUUGGCUGCUUGGAUCUCCAAGUAAAUAGUGACGGAUGA